GCCACCGGGGCGCGGAUGGUACUCGCCCGGCGGGGUUCCGGCAAAACUAGAUUCGCCGGGAGCGUCCCGCCAGCUGCGGAGCCGGUCCAGAGGACUCGCCCCGACGCCAAGAAGUACCCCGACGAGCGACCCGGGGGGACUGGCGGAGGCUGCGGGCAGGGAAGGGGGCAUGAGGCAGAGAGCCCGGGGCUGUGCGCUAAGCAGAAGGACCCGCGCCCACGUCACGCAGUCGGUCGGUCGGGGAUGGAGGUCACCUGGACUGUCCGUUUAUUGCUGCUGGUGGGUGGCUGCUUCUCGCUGCCGCCGGCGCCGGCGGAGCCCAUCUGCCCGGAGCGCUGCGACUGCCAGCACCAGCAGCACCUCCUUUGCACCAAUCGCGGAUUGCGCGCGGUGCCCAAGACCAGCGCCCUGCCCAGCCCCCAGGAGGUGCUGACCUACAGCCUCGGGGGCAACUUCAUAGCAAACAUCACGGCUUUCGACUUCCACCGCCUGGCGCAGCUGCGGCGCCUGGACCUGCAGUUCAAUCAGAUCCGCUCCCUGCACCCCAAGACCUUCGAGAAACUCUCGCGGCUGGAGGAGCUCUACCUGGGCAACAACCUGCUCGAGGGCCUGGCCCCGGGCACGCUGGCCCCUCUGGCCAAGCUGCGCAUCCUCUACGUGAACGGCAACGAGAUCGGCAGGCUGAGUCGGGGUUCCUUCGACGGGCUGGAGAGCCUCGUCAAGCUCAGGUUGGACGGCAACUCCCUGGGCUCCCUGCCCGACUCGGCUUUUGCGUCCCUUGGCAAUCUACUCUACCUGCACCUGGAGGCCAACCGCAUCCGCUUCCUGGGCAAGAACGCCUUCGCGCACCUGGGCAAGCUGCGCUUCCUCAACCUGUCGGGCAACGAGCUGCAGCCGUCCCUGCGACACGCGGCCACUUUCGGGCCCCUUCGCUCGCUCAGCACCCUCAUCCUGUCGGCUAACAGCCUGCAGCAGCUGGGCGGCCGCGUCUUCCAGCACCUGCCCCGGCUCGGCCUCCUUUCCCUGAGCGGUAAUCAACUGGCUCACCUGGCACCCGAGGCCUUCGUGGGACUGGGCGCCCUGCGGGAGCUGCGUCUUGAGGGCAACCGGCUGCGGGAGCUGCCCUCGGCGCUGCUGGACCCGCUGGGCAGCCUGGAGACUCUGGACCUGAGCCGCAACGAGCUCUCGGCGCUGCACCCGGCCGCCUUCCGCCACCUGUCCCGGCUGCGCGAACUCAACCUACGGGACAACGCUCUUGGCUGGCUGGCCGGAGACAUCUUCUCCGCCAGCCCGGCCCUCUACCGUCUGGACCUAGACGGCAACGGCUGGACCUGCGACUGUCGCCUGCGCGGCUUGAAGCGCUGGAUGGGCCAUUGGCACUCGCAGGGCCGCCUGCUCACUGUGUUCGUGCAGUGCCGUCACCCGCCGGCCCUGCGCGGUAAGUACCUAGACUAUCUGGACGACGUGCAGCUGCAGAACGGCUCCUGUCUUGACCCUGCCGCCUCCUCCCCCCAGCCCUCUUUCCGGACCGCAGUCCCGACAGCGGCUGGCGCCAGGGAGGAGCAGGGGGCGCCCUCUCUUGGUGGUCUUGGGAAACCCCAGCCCCAAACACAACAGCAGCGCUGGCGCACCCUCCCCGGGGUGACCUGGGACGAGGGGGCUGGGGCACACAGCAGCAACCAGAGCGGCCUGAGGCUUGGCCGUCGCGGUCCCGGCCUCCAGCAUCCAUCCCCCUCCACGGCAACUACACUUCAACUGUCCCCACCAGUGGAUCUGUUGGAAAAACCCGAGGGGACGCACCCAAGCUGGGAAGAUAACGGCCCCUUCGUGUCUACCCCGAGCUUCCAGAGAGACGCCCCGUCUAGCUCUGCCCCAUCGCCUGCCAGCGACUCCUGGCAGAGGGUGGAGAAGCAGCGCCUGGCCGCGAAGCAUCAGGAGUGGGCCGCCCCGUCAAUUGCCCAGGAGAUGCCGCCCCCCCUGGUGUCGGACCCCUGCGACUUCAACAAAUUCAUCCUUUGCAACCUAACGGUGGAGGCGGUGGGCACAGAUACCGCCACCGUGCGCUGGGCUGUCCGCGAGCACCGCAGCCCACGGCCGCUGGACGGCGCCCGCUUCCGUCUGCUCUUCGACCGCUUCGGUCAGCAGCCCAAAUUCCACCGUUUUAUCUACCUGCCUGAGCGAAGUGACACCGCCACGCUGCGGGAGCUGCGAGGGGACACCCCCUACCUGGUGUGCGUGGAGGCCGUGCUCGGGGGCCGGGUCUGCCCAGUGGCUCCCCGGGACCACUGCGCUGGGCUGGUCACUCUGCCAGAAGCCGGGCACGUCGGGGGUCGAGCCGGGGGCGUCGACUACCAGUUGCUGACUCUGGUCCUUCUAGCCGUCAACGCUCUGUUGGUGUUCCUGGCACUGGCGGCCUGGGCAUCCCGCUGGCUGCGGAGGAAGCUGAGGGGCCGCCGGAAAGGGGGAGCCCCAGUCCACGUGCGUCACAUGUAUUCCACCCGACGGCCUCUUCGCUCCAUGGGCACCGGGGUGUCGGCAGACUUUUCUGGUUUCCAGUCCCACCGGCCUCGUACCGCGGUGUGUGCCCUGAGUGAGGCGGACCUCAUCGAAUUCCCCUGUGACCGCUUCAUGGACAGUGGGGGUGGCAGCGGAGGGAGCAGGAGGGACGACCAUCUCAUGCAACGCUUUGCUGACUGAGGCCCAGGUGCCAGGGGUGAGGAGUGGGGCCAGGGAACGCUGGGGAUUCCGUGGGGCAAACUCUCUCCUCUACGCUUCCCCACUGGGGAGCUCCUGUAGCUCAAACCCUCCCUUUGUGCCCCAUUAUUAUUGGGGCCUCCCGCCCGCAGUAUAUGGAGUUCUAGACUGUCCAAGCCAGAAAGAACUGGGGCCUAGCUAGUGUAAAGCGCUAUGGUCACGGCAGGCUGGGUGACAUCUGAUAUGUGAAGGGACUGGGACCACUUCUUUUGUUGCAUCCCCAAAGUAUCAAUUUCGGUUCUGUUUGAGUCAAAAUUAGGCUUCUAACACGGCUGGAUUUCCCUCCUCCUCGUGGCCAGAGGCCAGGCAGAAGGCCUUUGGCCAAGGCUUUGUGUUUAAUCAGAAACUCUAGAAAGCCCUCGAGAAAGACACACCUUUGUUUUCUUUUUAAAAACAGAAGGAACUUCAGAGCCUCUCUGGGAGGUCAAGGCUAUAGCCCUUUCUGGCCCUGGAAUCCCUGUGGAUGCUAGGAAGAGGUGGGGAAACUUCUCUCCUCAGGCACCAUAUUCCUGUUUGCUGAGGCAUCAUUCAGAUGUUUUUUGGAUUCUAUCUGCUGAGAUAAAUACACACGAAUUCUUUUAAACUGUGAAGAAGACUCUGUCAGUCCUGACAUUGAACCACCUCCAGCAGACCACUAAUGAGCACCUGGUUGUUGUUGGGUGUUUUUUUUUGGGGGGGGGAGGGUCGGGUUAAGCCAUGCUUGGCAUGAAGUCUUUUAAAAUUUGAUAAUGAAAUAACAAAGUAGUUAAACUUUGGGAAUAUGACUUAAGGCUGCAUACUUUCCUUGGAGCAAGUUCGAGAAGAGAUGGAUGGAUGCCUUACCUGUGGUUGGAGAUCAGACUUCUCUGUCUGGGUUUGUCUAUCUCCUCUUACCUGCCUGAGGCAAAGGAAGAUGCAAUGGCUGUCUGGAUGCCUGCAGCUGACUUGAUCACUGGGAAGCAUCUGGUUAGCUCCUCAGGAUCACUGUAUCUCUAACAGCUGGCAUUAGAAUAAACAUCAUGGGUGGGUAUUUGAUCACGGAUUCUACAGAAAUCAUCCACAUGACCUGGUUCCCAUUAGUUUGUAGUUAGAAGAUAAACCUAAUUCCAUAAUUGUAGAGGCAAGUGAAGAGACUAACUCUUCUUCACUGAUUUGCAGCUAUGAGUGAGCUAUUCGAUGCCUUACUAGAUAUUGAAUGGGAGAAGCUAUGGACACCAUAUGAAAUAACCCUGUGCCAAUGAGUGUCUCUCUACUAAAACCAGCAGAUUCUUCUAAGGGUUUAGAACUCACUGUGAAAGAAUUAUUAUUAUUUUUUAAAUUAACCCAUACACUAAAUGUCCAGUGUUUGACUCUGCUAUUGAAUAUUGAUAAAGUUACAUCCUAGCUUUUAGAAAAUACUUGUAGUCUUUUUUUAAAAAGUCUGUUUUUGUUUCCCAAUCUUAGGGUAAAACUCUUUAACCUCGGAGAUCCUUAACUUUAUGGGAUUAUUAUUCCUUCCUUUGUAUUUACCCAAGUCUGAGUCUGACACUAAAUAUAGUGCUUUGCUUUACGUGAAUAAUUCUGUGUGUGUGUGUGUGUGUGUGUGUGUGUGUGUGUGUGUGUGUGUGUGUGGUCUGGGAAUAUUGUCCAUUAGAGGUACAAAACUGUGGAUCUCUUUCACGUGAGGAUGCUAUGGAGACCAGGAGACUGGUGCUGUCUCCUUUUUUGAUCUUUUUGUUGAGUGCCUUUAAAACUUCCUGGGGGUCUAGAUGACUCAGGGAAUCAGCUCCUGUCCAGGGUAUCACAUUGGGUCCAGAUGGGCCUGGACUGACAGUGCUGCCAUCUAGUGGCUAUUCUAGGGACCAUGGAACAAAGAGGCCACUAACCCUUAUCUCAGCUUCAUUCAUUCAUCCAUGUCUGAGCAGCUUUUCCAGAGAGCCCAGAAGAGCAUCUGCUAGGCCUCCCUUCCCAUUCCACACGGGGAAGCUUGUGUUGGUUCUUUCAUUCCAACACCUUUCAGAUUUUUUCAUUCUAUGUUUUUCUUCCCAUCAGACCUUCUGACUCUCAUCCAUUUCUUUUGCUUACAAUUAUAAUCAUGAGCCUCAAAGGAAGACUGAAAGAACAGACCAUUCCUGUAUUAAUUAGCAAGGCAUGUAUCCCAUUCAGAAUCUUCACCCUGGCUCAUCUUCCAAUAGGAAGUGCACCCAUGCUGUACGUGUUUAUGGUUAGCUAUGUCAAUAAACCCAU